AAAGAACCCAAAUCCUCCUCCCCUUCCUCUUCCCGAAAGGGAGAACCGAUACAACCUGCGUCACAAAUUCUAUUCAUUUAUUCAUUUUAGUACAUCCGCCUAACUUUUUUUUUACCUCUCCCUCUUCCCUUCUUCAAUCUCUUUUCACUCCUUUCUUUUGUUUUUUUUAUUUAGUUCCUUUCCUCCCUCAUCAUUGCAUUUUUUAAUCUUUUUUCAUCAAGCAUAAACACCCAAAUAAAAAACAAACAAAAAACAAAAAAAGCUCAAACCUUUUUUCAUUAUUUUUCAUUUGUAUUGCAUCAUGUCAUUGGCAGGAACAGAAACACCAAUGGACGCACACCCCCCUAACGAUAGUUCCAACAAUGUCAGCGGCACCGAAAUGCUAUCGAGUAAUCCAGAGCCCGUUUACCGAUUCUACCUCAGUCCGCCGCCAACCGCACCAAUGCAGACAGGAAUACCAGGGUAUCAGACAGCCCAGCAUCAGCCGCAGCCGCAGCCAAUGUACCCGACAUCAAUGGGUAUGAUGGCAUAUAACCCUUAUAUGACCAUGUCGCCACCGCCAGGACCAGGGCCACAGGGGCCACCACAGAUGGCCGGGGUUGGGGCAUUUGGACAGCCGGCAUUUUAUGCCCAACACACACAGCAUCACCACCCUCACCAGCACCAGCACCAGGCUAUGUAUUUUCCGUCGGCAUACGGUAUGGCAGCUAUGCAAAUGCCCAAUGCAAGCGCAGUGUCUUUGGCUGCACCUACGCCUAUGCCAGCCUCUUCUGCCGGCUUAACAGCUUCUGGCAAUGUGGCGGUUUCGCAGGCAGCGGCAAGUGAACGUGGGGAGGUGGAUUUGACCCGGACUCGGACGCCGAUAGUUAAUGAGGCUGGGGUGCCGAUGGGCGGAUUUGGGUUGGAUCGUGAUGGGCAGUAUAUUGAGAUUAAGUUUCCUACUUUUGGGCAGGCGCAGGUGCAGCAGAUGCUCCAGCAGCUGCAUAUCAGCCAGCAGCCGCAGGUGCAGGCUCAGCCAGUGGUGACACAGGUUCCGGUGGCUGUCAGGCCACCAGCAGCCAAACAGCAGCAGCAAGAGCAGCCGACGCAGCCAGCCACGCCCGUUAGCAGUGCGGCCCCAGUUGGACCAACGCCACCGCCACAGGCCACCGCCACAGCGUCCGCCAGUAAGCUCGAAACCACAUCAUUGCAGAGCACAGGCGAAAUCAGCAUCUACGAUGCCGAAGGCUUUGCCAACGCGCACAUGGAAGACAUAGUUUUUGAAAGCAAGGCGUUUUUCUGGAAGAUUGAAAACUGGGAUAAGUUGGAGCGCCGCGCGACCAGUGAAAUGUUCCGAUGCGGCGGACACAUGUGGCGAAUCCUCCUGCGACCCUUUGGCAGUUCGCAUAAGGGCGUUUUGUCUCUGUUUUUGGAGUGCUUGGGUGCGGUGGAUUCGAGCGAGGAUUGGCGGUGCACGUGCCGCUUUGUCCUUGCUGUGGCGAAUCCCGAGGAGCCUGAGCAUAAUACCCACGGGGCGGCGUAUCAUUGCUUCCACAAGAAUAACCCGAAUUGGGGGUUCACGCGGUUUAUGAAGCUGGCUGAUCUGAGAACAGCGCAGGUGCCGGGCGUCAGGCCGUAUAUUGAGGACGGUGCCUGCACUAUUGCCGCGUACCUGCAUGUCAUCAAGGAACCCAGCCAGUGAAAAAAUAAAAAUUUUAAUACAUUUUUGAAAUGAUAGCCAGUAAAAAAUAAAAAUGAUAUGGA